AUGGCCGGAUGGUGGAGCCUCGGUGGUGCUUUUCUUCUGCUUUUUGGUAUUCUACUUGUCCCGUAUCUGUACAAGAUGAACGUGAUCAAGGACCUAAGAUUCGAAGGUAGCAACAGAAAGGUUCUCGCGAAUUAUUUGGAGUCGAAGAGACGGAAACUGGGCAAGCUACCCCCGGUGUAUCCGAACGGCUGGUUCGCCCUCCUGGAGAGCUUCCAAUUAGGCAGACGCCAGGUGAAACACGUGGCGGCGCUCGGUGAAAAUUUCGCAGUGUUCAGAACAGAUGACGGGACGGUGAGGAUUUUAAACGCUUACUGUCCCCAUCUUGGCGCCAAUAUGGCCGAGGGUGGUCGUGUCAAGGGUGACUGUUUGGAGUGUCCGUUUCACGGCUGGCAAUUCCGUGGCUCCGAUGGACAGUGCAAUCACAUCCCCUACGUUGAAAAAGUGCCCCAUAUCGCGAGAACGAAGACGUGGAAGUGUCGCGAGGCGAACGGGAUCAUCUUUGUCUGGUACCACGUGGAGGGAUUAGAACCGACAUGGCAGCCGCAGACGCUCAGUUACAUGUCAGAUCGAAAGUGGUGUAAUCAGGGUCGAAACGAGUUCCUUAUCAACUGCCACAUACAGGAAAUCGCGGAAAAUGGCGCCGACACGGCGCAUUUAAGCGCGGUUCACGGACCGACGGUAUUUUCGAAUUUCGUGCAUCCGCUUUCAAUGAUCGCCCGGCACUCGUGGACGAACGACGGUUGGACGCCGCACAGUUCUCUCACGGAGAGCAAACGCUCGAACGGGGAGAACGAGAACGACACCGAGGAUUUAAAUCACAGAGCGUACACAACUUUGAGGCAUUCUCUGGUGCUAUUCGAGAGGUAUAAGCUGUGGCACGUGGACGUGCACGUGCAGCAAAUCGGGCCGGGAUACGUUGAGAUGAUGAUGGACACGUUUUUCGGACGGCUGUGUAUCCUCCAGACGGUAACACCGAUGGAACCCCUUCUACAAAAGGUGGUUCACGUGAUUUACGGCCCGCCAUUGCUCUCCCCGUACGCCUUACUCAUAUUUAUCGGGGAGACACUGAUGUUUGAAAGGGACGUCGCCAUCUGGAACCGAAAGAAAUUCGAGAAGCAGCCGCUCCUCGUGAAAGAGGAAAAAGGAAUUCUGUCCUACCGCAGAUGGUACGGUCAGUUCUAUUCGCAACAUAGCCCUAGUUAUCAUUCCGCGAUGAAGUCUCUGCAAUGGUAG